UUGUUACCUUAUUACAUUCUAAUUUAGGCCUCGAAUAGCACAAAUAUCUUUGUUUUUUAACGUUGACUACUUUUUGUAGUUUUCGGUUUGUGCUUUUAAAUGAAUAGUGUAACAUAAUGUAUUAGACUGGAAUAUCAUGAUUAUGUGAAUGUAACCGUUUACUGUGAAAACCAAUCCGGUUGGAUUCUGUAGGAAGUAGUUGGCCUUUGACUGACAGCUACAGUUUACUGGGUUCAAAUUCUCUGACGUCCAUUGACCGUGGGGAGUUUGCUCGAUUUCUUGAUGAUGGAGUGAAGAGAUCUUCCUUUUUGCAAUUAUUUUUGUUUGCUUCUCUCUAAUACAACAUUUCAGAUCUUCAGUUUCUUUGGUUAUCUCAGUUAAUUUUUUAACACUAUCACUGGCCCACCUGAUCCUGCUUUGCCUUGAUGCAAGUCAUAGAAGGAUCAUCAAGCAUGAAAAAGACUAAAGGGAAAUCAUCAACCACAGAAAGAGAAUUUGUCUUUGAGUUCAAGGCUGGAAAGCAGUCAUGUCAUUUAAGCGUACCCUUAAAUUUUCCUGUUGAGGAAAACAUCAGUGACCUGCAUGGACGACUUAUGCUUCUGCAUAAUUUACCGUGCUUUAUUGAAAAAGAUUUGAAACAAUCUCUGGAAAUUUUUAUUGAGGAUCAAACCAAUCAAGACAGAGACAUAGAUUCGGAAUUAGCUCUUCAGAAGAUCAAAAUGGGACAAGUGGAUAUGGAUCAUCUUACCAAAGCUUGGUCUAAGGCCUAUACUGAAACUACUUUAGAACAUGCAAAACCUGAAGAACCAAAUUGGGAUGAAGAUUUUGCUGAUGUCUAUCAUGAGCUGAUCCAUUCUCCAGCUUCAGAGACUUUGCUAAAUCUUGAGCACAAUUAUUUUGUGAGCAUCUCUGAAUUGAUUAGUGAAAGGGAUAUGGAGCUAAAGAAACUGCAAGAGAGGCAGUCCCAUGAAAUGGAUGAAGUGAUGCAGGGUCUUGGAAAAACACGAAGUGAUCAUGACGUAAAUACUGUUGCUUCAAAACAUUUUGAUUCUCAGCAGGAACUUGAAAAUAAAUGGGCUAGUGAGCUGAAACAGCUUACAAGUAUUCAGAAACAGGAAUAUCAAGAAUGGGUGAUGAAGCUACACCAAGAUCUACAGAAUCCAAAUAACAGCUCAGUCAAUGAGGAAAUCAAAGUACAACCAAGUCAGCUGAGAGGAUCUCACGAGGGCAAUGAACGGUUAUAUGAGGAACAGCGCCAACUGGAAGAAAGCUUUACCAUCCAUCUCGGAGCACAACUAAAGACCAUGCACAAUUUGAGAUUAAUUCGUGCUGAUGUACUUGAUUUCUGCAAGCAUAAGCGCAACCAUCGUAGUGGAAUCAAACUUCAUAGGCUGCAGACAGCACUCUCCCUAUAUUCUACAUCACUCUGUGGUUUGGUUUUACUUGUUGAUAACCGUAUAAAUUCAUACAGUGGCAUUAAAAGAGAUUUUGCCACAGUUUGUCAAGAGUGCACAGACUUCCACUUUCUUCCAUUAGAAGAACAACUUAAAAUCAUCCAGCAGGUGGUGCUGUAUGCUAGGAUUCAGAGAAACAGCAAGGUAAAAAUUCAUCCUGAUGUUCUCAAAAAUGGCAGUUCGGAAGACAAGUAUAAGAACAUUGAAAGGAAUCCUUCAAAUAUUUUUCCAGGAGAAUUUUAUAUAACCCGUCACUCAAAUCUCUCUGAGGUUCAUAUUGUGUUUCAUCUCUGUGUUGAUGAUAAUGUGAGAUCUGGAAAUAUUACUGCCCGAGACCCAGCAAUAAUGGGGCUUAGAAACAUUCUUAAAGUCUGCUGCACACAUGACAUCACAACAAUUACAAUUCCUCUCCUCCUUGUGCAUGAUAUGUCUGAGGAGAUGACAAUACCUUGGUGUCUCAAAAGAGCAGAGUUAGUCUUUAAAUGUGUAAAGGGUUUCAUGAUGGAAAUGGCAUCAUGGGAUGGAGGAAUCUCAAGGACUGUGCAGUUUCUUGUUCCACGGAGUAUCUCAGAGGAAAUGUUCUACCAGCUGAGCAACAUGCUUCCUCAAAUAUUUAGAGUAUCCUCAACUUUGACCCUGACCUCCAAACGAUGACAUCAAGAGGACAAUUCUAUAUGCUUACGAAUGUCACUGGAUAAUGUAAAUAGUCUUUUUCAAAUUCCAUGUUGUAUUAUAGGAAACUUUAGUCAAACUGAUGUGUUACUGCAGCCUUGGCCAUAGUUUAUUUGUGCCUCACCAUCCAGAAGCUGCUCCUGAAAACUUUAUCAGAAAUGUGUCACCCUUAUCCACCACAAGAGGGCAGUGCUCACAUCUCAUGUGAAAUUGGUUUGCUGUAAGUCAACAGAUGUAAUGCUUUUAUUGAUGAACUUGUAUCUGUCUAAUUAGGCUGAUUGAGAAAGUGUACUCCCUUGUAACACAAUGUUUCUAAAUAAAAUAUUGGUAAAUA